UAUCAUGUUUUCUGUUUUUCGCUCCAACUGCUCGCCAACUUUCUCGCUCUCCCUCCCUCUUCCUCUCUCUCUCUCGCUUGCUCUCCUUGCUCUUUCCAAGGCGAAGACACACGAGCCCACUAAAUCGACGGCUGCUAUAGUAGCUGUGGGGAACCAUUUUUGGGAGUAUACAACGACCAGCAGCGGGUGAUCGUCCAGCUGUCGGACAGUGUAUUUCGACGUUCUUCAACCCGUGUCGCUUAUGGGUAGCCUACUUCUUAAUGGUAGUUCAUCGAAGGACACUGUUUCGAGCGCUCGUACAAGCUGGGCAAGCAAAGUAAGCUUGAAGUUUUGUUCUUAUGCUGGAAACGGUCGAUUUAAUACCCUUCGCUUGUGCGCGUUUUGUAACCGAGUGAGCCGGUUAGUAAUCCGCCUAAGAUAACUGCAAGAGAGCGUUUUAUCUUCGAAAAACGCUAUGAGUCGCCGUGCUGGAGGCAUAAUUCCUCGCCCGUCGGCAACGCUUACAGCGACCAAGGGAUCCUCGUCGCCCUGUCCUCCACGCCCGGCACCUUCCACUCGAGCCACAACGACUACAGGAAUUGUCAUCACUCGCACGGAAUACAGUACUAGAUCUGAAGAGACACUUCCUCAAGUGCGAUCAUCAACGACGACUAAACCGUUGUCCAGUAAAUCCACUUUAAAUAAUGUAGCUAGCUCACACAGCACAAGGCCAUCGAAGGAUGCUGCGGCAAAAAGCGGUGGAAAGCCAAUAUUUUCGUCGACACGCACCUCCACGCUUCCCGGAACGAAUGGGAACACUUCGAUUUCUAAAACGUCCGCUUCUCGGCCGACGCCUACGCGAACUGUUCGUACAACGGUAACGACUCUUAUGACUAAACCUCGAACUAAGGCUCAAAAAAAAACUCCGCCGCUCUUUAACGUCAUCAAUCUCACCCCACCGUCAAAUACUCAAAAAUCCGGCUACCGAACCGUCGCCACGCCCAAGGCCAACGGACCCUCAGUGCCUAUACGUCCUUCACGUGCAAUGGACUCGUCAACAACAUUUUCCGUACAACCGUCUAGAGAUUCACCAAGCAGAACCUCAGUCCGAGGAGGCACAGCGAUAUCCUCCUCUUCCUCGUAUCACAACGGGCCAGCAUUGAGAACUAAGGCUUCCAAAUCUAAUAGCGGUUCGGCAACGUCGAAGUCUCGAGCAACUUUGCCCAAUCCGCUUUCAAAAAAAUCGAACAAUAUGCCUUUAAAUGAGGUACUACCCCCUGAAGAAAGACCUAUACCCCCGGAAUGCGUUCGGUGUGAUAUUUGUAAGCGAGGCUUUUUACCGGAGCGCCUAGAUAAACACCGCGAAGUGUGUAGAAAAAUCGAGAACAGGCCUAGAAAGGUGUUCAAUGCCAUUAAGAUGAGGACAGCAGGAACCGAACAGGAGUCGUAUAUUCGCACAGGAGCUCACAAGAAAGACGUACCGGUGAAAAAGUCGAACUGGCGCGCAAAGCAUGAAGAGUUCCUCCGUAAUAUCCGAGAAGCGAAGAAAAUUCAGUAUUAUUUAGCUAACGGCGGAAAGUUAAGUGAUUUACCACCACCACCGCCGUCCGAGAACCCGGACUACGUCCAGUGUCCCCACUGCGGCCGAAAAUUCAACGAGGGAGCGGCUGAGCGUCAUAUUCCGAAGUGUGCGAACAUACUCUCGAAUAAAAAGAAAUCCCCGGUAAAUGCGUCCGCGGUCGCUGGAAAAAAACGAUAAAAGCCUAGUUAGUCGCUUGAUGAGUAAUCGCGGCAUAGGUCCAUAUUAUAUGACGUCUAGGAUAGCUAUUAGAGUUAUGGGAAAAAGAAAAGGGAGAGAACGCGCGGAAUUCAGACAGACUACUCUUCACUUUUAGUUAAUUCGUAUUUUAUUAACUCCAGAUGUGCCAUAGCACUUAAACCACAGUGCAGAAUUGUUACAAGCACCAACGGCUGCGGAGUUUUUUAGGGUUGGACUGUCUGCUACCACUAGAACAACAUACAAAAAACUACACAUACGGCUUAUAUGUAGUAUUUAGCCGGUUAGUCCUAAAAUGGUAACGCAUUACAUUUCUAGGUCAUAGAGUCUUUUAUUUGACCAGAAAAUGUGUAGUGAAAUGUGUCCGCAGCGGUUAAUAAAACCUUUUAAGGUUUGUAUGGACAAAUUAUAUUGAAUCAUUUACCAGUACGUAUUUUCGCGCCUACUGAUGUUUAGAAUCAAAAUAGCCGGGACCAGCUUUACCCCAAUUGACCCACCAGUAUGGGUCUGUGAAAGCUUUUGAUGGCUCUUCGACAUUUUAGUAACUACAGUGUUUCUCGGAAAGAACAUGGUAUUGAGAUGAUUGAGGUGUCGCUUUUUUGCCCUAACUGAAGAUAGCUUUCUUUCAUAAUAUGCCAUUAAAAUAACAUAUGAACAUCAUAAAAAGUUUGAACAGGUGUACUUCCGUUGUAAAAUGGUGCAGUAGUUAAUUGCAUUAUUCUACAAUUGCAGCAUUUCUAGAUUAUUUGAUGAUUAUUAGGAACUUUGUCCUGCAAUGUACUAGGCAAGCUUUUCUAUUAGUCGCGAAUCAAUCACUAUUAUAUGCGAUACAAAUCUCUGCGUUUAUAUUACGUUGGAAAUAAAAAAAAAAAAGACUGAUACGAAAAAAAAGUCGCUGAGAUAGCACAUGCUUGUUCUACGUUUCCUAGUUAUUUUCAGCGUUCUCCAAAUUGAUAUAGUGUGAGUAAAGGUCGUAAUCAAGCAACCGAUAAUCAAGGGACAACACAUAAAGUACUCAUUUAGAAAGAUUUCUAGGCGCUGAUUUAUGAAUCUCCACGGUGGAUAAGGAGUGCUACUGUAAUGGUAAAUUACAGGCGUCUAGAGCAUCGGCAUAAAUGUCACUAUGCAAAAUCUUAAACGAUCAUUGAACAUAUACCAGGUGAUAUGAAGAUUCAUAGGUU